UAUCCUUUUAUAACAGUGCCCUAAAGAUAUUUUUUGCUUUCUCAUACUGAAAUCCCAAAAUUCUCAUUUCUCAAUCUUCAUCACAUCAGAGUCUCAAAAAAUGGCAAAAGGGAAAAAAUCCCCCUCCGCCAGCCUCCACCCUCCCUACUUCGAAAUGAUAGCGGAUGCUAUUUCCACGUUGAAAGAGCGCACUGGUUCGAGCCAUCAAGCAAUAGCAAAGUUCAUCGAAGACAAACACAAGAAAGUGCUGCCUCCAAACUUCAGGAAAAUGCUCUCCCUCCAGUUGAAGAACUUCGUCAAAUCGGAGAGGCUUUACAAGGUGAAGAACUCCUACAAGAUCUCUUCAAAGGACCAUGAAACCCAGAAGAGCAAAACCGCCUCCAAAGCCACCAAAAAGACCACUCCGCCGCCGAAGCAGAAGGGUGGCAAGAAGAUCGCAGAGAAAACCAAGAAACUGAGUCAGGUGAAGACACCCGAGGCUCUCAAGAAAAAAACCUCCACCACCACCAACACCAACAAGGAUGCAACUAAGAAGAAAACUGUGGCAACCUCAGGAGGGAAAAAAGUGAAGCGUCUGAGUCAGGUGAAGACCCCUGAAGCCGUGAAGAAGAAGCCCAACUUGACCCCUAUGAAGCGCAAGAGUACUCCCAAACCCAUUAAUUCUUCGAGGCCCACCAAGAAAGCUAGGAAAUGAAAGCAUCGUGGUGCUUCUUUUUAUGGGAUGGAGCCGAAUCAAAAUCUUUAUUGUGCUUCUGUUUAUGUGUUAGAUUUAAUUUCGUUGUUCCAUUUCCCUGCAUUGGAUUAUUGUUAAUAUAUAUAGUGUUGUGAUCAACUUAUGGCUGUCCACGAUGGCAGUAAGUAAAUGUGCUAGCUUUCUAUGUUUGUGCUUUUUCUUUUUCUUUUUUAUACCAACCCGUGUGUUUAGUAUUACUCUACUACCCUUUAAUAAGUCAAAUCCUAGGAUUGUGUUAGUUU